UGCCGUUGUAGUUGCCUUGGUCACGGCCAGUCACGGCCGCCUGCGACGGUGAACCGUGGUUUCCAUUCACGGUUUACGGGUUCCUUUCACCACAGCGCCACAGCAGUCGCGGAGGAUGUCAAAGAGAGAAGUCACCAAGGUUCACUACGAAUACAUGACGGUGAACGGCGUUCCGACUAAAGUUGUACAAGUGGGAAAGACUGACCUUGGCCCCAGCUGUCAGGAGCCGCUCUUGAUAUUCAUCCCAGGGAACCCAGGAAUCAUUGAAUACUAUGAAGACUUUCUUGCUGAAGUAUAUGACCAUUUCGACGGUAGACUACACGUCUGCGGACUUUCACAUGCAGGGCACGACAAUAUCUUCACUACGCGCUCCGCACCGUCACCGAAAGAGCACUGGGAUCUGUAUGGGCUGUACGGGCAGAUCAGGCAUAAAGUGGAGUUUGUUGAAAGACAUGCGACUGGCGACCGAGCCAUAUUCCUGGCCGGCCACUCAAUCGGGGCCUACAUGAUACUUCAGGUACUCAAGGAGCUCAAGGGACUCAAUGUGAAACGGUCAUUCCUUCUCUUCCCGGUGAUCGAGCGGCUCUCGGAGACACCCAAAGCCUGUUCGUUGUUGUGGGAUGCCAGACUAUUGAGGCUUCUCAGCUGGCUCAUCGUGUUGCUGCUCAUGGUGCUUCCAGAGGCAGUCAAAUCGCUUCUGGUUUCUUUGUACUGUCGUAGUUUGCCACCAGCCAUACGAGAGCGUUCGGCCAAAGCCACAUCCAUGCUCUUUGAUCCGACUGUUUUUCGCCUCGUCAUAGACAUGGCGCAUGAAGAAAUUCAAACGCUGGUAGAGAGGGACGAUGAGUUUCUUGGGGCAUGCAUGGAGAGGCUGACCUUCUACUACGGUUGCAGCGAUGGCUGGUGCCCUGUGCGCUUCUAUUGGAACAUGAAAGAGACCUUCUCGAAUGGUGACAUCACUCUAUGUAGCCUCAACAUAAAGCAUGCGUUCGUGCUUGACCGUACAGCGGAAAUCGCUGCCUUCAUCUCGAACAGGAUAAAGGACAGCUUGUGAUGUCAAUUUAUUCGUGCCAUAGUAAUUGUGCUGUGUUGUUUUCUGAAAGCCCGUCAUUUUGAUUGUGCGCUUUUGGUGGUAUUUUGUUUGUGUAUUUAAAAAGACACAAUGCUCAAAUGGCAUUCUAAACUAUACAUUUGUUGGUGUACAGUACAAAUCAUCUGUUUCUUGCCACCUUUACACAGAAUCUGCGCAUCGCAUGUGGCAUGCAGAUUUAGUUUCUCAGUUGCAUUUGAACGUGAUAGUCUAUUUUUUCGAUGGUUGCAGCAUUUUUAUAUAAACCAGAGCUUUAUCUGCACUUUUGAUCUUACCUAUGGACCAACAUUUCAUCACUGCACUCUGCUAUGCUGAGUACAUGUGUUUUUAAGGUAAUGCGGUGCUUGCAUAAGCAGGGUGGCUAUUUUUAGAGGCUAACAAGUGUUACCGAUAUAUGAGUAAUUUCACGUAUAUGAUUUCAAGUACUGCUACCCCCAGGGUAAAAAAAGCCGAUAAAUUUACAAUGUUGUGCUAUUGCCAUAUUUUUUUUAAUGUACAAUCUGACCAGUAAGACUAAUGCCAGGGCUCACUUUUGGGAGUAUUGAGGUAUUGAUGUCACGAUGGAAUGUGCAGCUAUACGUAUAGUGUGUGCAAGAACCACAGCCAAAGGCAAUAAGUUUUCAAGGGACACAUUGUGGUAUACGUAAGAAGCCGUAAAAUGUCUGAAACAACUUAUAGGUACCUGUGAAACAUCUGGUACAUGUUGGCUUAUUCAAUGCACUAUCCUUUCUGGGGCCUUGAUUUGUUACAUCACUCCAUUGACCUAUAUAAUAAGUGCAUGCAAACCGAGUGGGAAAGCAUGCUUGCAGGAUAUUGGUUGAUGUAUGCAUUUUGUUAGCUUUUUCUCAUAACCUGUGUGCAUGGUGAUGAUUGUACUGCAUAAUAAUCUCAUAAUAAUUAUGUACAAACACUUGUAACACACAUAUAUCACAGUUCAAAACAUGAUGUACGCCAUCCUUUUAAGUAUUAAACUAGAGGAAGAACAAUCAUGUGAUAUUUUUGAGAAAUGUAGUGUUUCUCAAUUGCUUGUUUUGUUUAUUGUGGCCUGUGAAUUGCUGCUAUAAAAUUUUCCCUGUGUAACAAGAAGUUUUGUUUGUCUGAGUACUUUUGUAUAAUUCCGUGGACUUGCAGAAACAUGUGUACAUUUGCUUCUGUGCGUUCUUUUGGCAUUAUUGGCCAGAAAUGUCACUGGCUCGUGCUAUAAUUAUGCAUGUUUACAUGGUGCUACAAGUUGACGAUUACACACCGCACGUGGUGCAGCUAGUUAUGCUCAGACUCUUGUGAGACAAAUGGGAAAUUUAUAUAUCUGUUUUUUUUUUUUUUUUUUGCUUGCUGGAUACCUGUUGCCAUUAGCCCUUAGGUACAGUGCAACAUUUGUUUCUCCUGCCUACACGUCAUGUAGCAACGCAAGUGACUAAUUGUGAUAUUGAUGUCUAUUGUUUAUGCAUUGUCUAGUCUGCCAGAAAUAGUAUUAUUAUUAGCCAAUUUUACAUUUCUUGCUCUUUGUUGUGAUGUUGAGAAUACUAUGCCAGUAGUAUUUUAAUGCUUAAGUUUUGUGUGGUACUUUGUAACUUUGUUUUUGAUGUCUAAAAACAGUAGAAAUUGUGUGCUGUUGCUUAUGUGUGCCUAGUCUUUGUACUUUAUUUUAAUUUUUGACAAUACACUGUUUUUUAAAACAGCUC